UUGACGUCAACAAAGUAUCCUUUUACCCAACCAAGUGCAAAACACGAUUCAUCUGCAUCCUCCUUUGUAUUCUAUAGUUUUAAAUCCAGAGACCCGUUCGGUGUCUUGAUUACGGAUUAUCUCGAUAAUAAUUCGGACUUGUUUCAAUUAGAUAACUUACUUACUGUACUACAGCUACCUAGAUACGAGUACAUAUGUUUCUGUCCCUUGAGUCACGACUGUCAGAGUACUGUGUAUGCACCUUGUUGCCAGAUGCUUAAUGUCACGGACAUGGAGAAUAAAACAACAAGCAGGUAUAAUUCGACUAGAAAACCGACAAUGUAUGAGUUUCACCCAGGAACUUUCAUAAUUCAUUCCACGUCAGCAUUGCAAGUUGUCGUUAUUUUCAAAAGAAAUGGUACGUUUGAAAGGUCAUCGUGUUCAAUCCUCCCAUCGAAUUUAUUUAUGACAGAAUAUCUCGCAAAGUUACCUAAUGAGUUUUCUGAACAUGCAAUCAUCAUUAUUGCUGUAGGGAGCUUACAAGAUUACGUUCUAAAUAAUAUGACUUUAAAUACUUUUAGGACGCUUCAGGAGAUUAGCAGCUAUAUGAAAUUACGACUUUUACAAAUUGAUUUGGAUCCGAAUGUGGAUUCGCCUUUCUCUCUGAGGACUCUUAGUGGUCAAGCUUUCGGCUGCUAUAUGUUUGGAUUAGGCGAAGGAAGUACCUAUGCGACUCCAAUCGCCUUUGGAAAUACAAGCGUAGACUUUGAUUAUUCAGAAGAUCCUUCCACAGCUACCAUCUCACCAGCGACUACCGCCAGACCAACACCACCAACAACCACCGCAACUUGGUGUACGCCUAGCCCACAGAACGACGGAGACGGGGAAGAUAAUGACUGCGAUGGUUACGUCGACGAGGAAGUCCCCAAUAAAAAAGAUGACGAUAAAGAUGGCCUAACAGAUGAAGAUAACUCAGUGCUGACAGAAAACGGAUGUCUGCCUGGAUGGUAUGGAACUUUUUGUGACGUGCUGUGUAGAUGUGAGAACAAUGAAUGUUUGACCUCUGGGGACUGUAAGGAAAACGUCAGAUGUCUUCCAGGUUUCUUUGGGCAGCAGUGUCAGUACAAAGACCUGGUAAUGACAUCCACAGUAAGUCAAGAGGAAAUGAAGUUUCGUAGCGCCACCAAAUGUCAACAAAACUUUACAGCCUCUAGCCCUCUCAUAAUACGAUUUCCUGAUUUAACUCGAAUUUCCUGGAUUAAAAUAGAGGCUGUAUCAAAAGAUAGUCUAAAGGGCCUUCAAGUCAUGUACGAAAGCACUUCAAAACUUUGCUAUGCAGGGCGUUGUUUGGAGCGAAGAGACAUUUUACUUGGCACCGACACACUGAUCAUCAGCUGUAACAUCCCUGGCUACAUUUGUCAAAUCAAUAUUUCGUUUAGUGAGCUCAACAAUUCCAGACAAUGGUGUGCGGUUUAUGUUGGCGCAGGCCGCAAUCUUGCACUUGGUAAAAAUGUAUCCAUGUCCAGUAAUUCUAAGGACAAGAACGGAGUUAUCAGCCGUGGGUCACUCUCCGUUGAUGGAGACACAGACAGCGCUGAGAAAAAAUGUUCUACCACAGAUAUCAAAGAUAAGAAACCGGUCUGGAGAGUUACAUUUCCCUCACCUGUAGUAGUAUUUGAAGUAGUCAUUCAGUUUAGAGCUUCCUUUAAUGAAACGUUCAUAGUACAAUUGUUAGACUGCAAAGAUCAAGUCAUCUCUACCUUCAGCGGAAUCACGGAGCCAAGAGUUUCAUUCAUACAUAGAACUAGACAUGGCCAAUAUACUCAGAGUGUGGAAAUAACUUUAAAUAAUUCAAACAGUGCUUUGUCAAUCUGUGAAUUUGAAGCUUAUGGAGACUGUGCACCUCCCGUUUAUGGGCCAGAUUGCACAGACAUAUGUAGCAUCUCCUGCUUAGACCAAAUGUGCACCUACGAGGGCUACUGUUACCACUGCGCCAACGGAACUGGAGGUCCGUAUUGCUUCGACGGCUGCCUGGAAUGGUGCGUGGAGUAUGAGGAAGCUACAAAUGCUACCACCUCCACUACAAAAGUAACGUACGCCCCCCAUAGGCAGACUGGAUUUCGAGUGGAGAAUUUCUGGUUUUACUUUAUGGUCCUACUCUUCCUCCUCUGCGUCUGUUGCUGCGGAUGCAAAGGCUCAGACAAACGUCAAGACCAAGUUCUUUUACAGCGAUGGAAAGAGAACGAAACUUUGCUACUGAAAGAAACUCCAGUGUUCAAGUCUUCAACGUCUGUAGAUGUAGUGCAGACGAGAAGGAGUUUGUGCUCGUCAUCAUUGUUCAUGUCUUCAACUCCUGUAGACGUCUCGGAGGUUAAAGAAUCAAUUUCUGUCAAGUCUUCGAGAUCGACAGACUACCGAUAAAAAAUUUACAAAGUUUUUUUUUGUCAUUAAUGUUGUUUAAUUUUUACAUGUUUUUUGUUUGUUUCAAUGUAAUACAAUUUUAAAAAGUAAAGGAAAAAGGUUUUCUAUUCUACUUUUUUUUGUAAAUCCAUUUCGUUUGACCUAGCCUGCACAUAUUUAAAUAAUCUGUCCAGCACAGGGCUUUAAUAGUCCCU